AUUCAUUCAUACCCCAGCGCUUAGAACACCACCAGGCCACAGCUCCCGUCCGAGAGAUAUAGCCACUAAGAGAGAGCGGAAGAAUCGAAUCGCAAAGAGAGGAGCCGCGCUGAGACAACGUCAAGAAUCCGAUUUCGAUUCCGAUUGCGAUUUCGAAUCCGAGGCAAAAAGCUUCAGACUCGGCAGCAGGCGCUUCAUUCUCGAGUUGUGAUCCAACGGGUUAGCAGCUCAGCUCGCAAGCAGUCGCCGUUCGUCGUCGAGCGGCAAGCAGUUCGUUUCAUUUCUACUGGGCGCCAGUACAAGUUCCAUCGAGUGUUUUUGUUAUUCGAAGGCAAAGCGCGAAAAUUAUGCCUUCAGCCACAUUUGUCCUGGAGCAUUUGAUGGCGGCACAAUCGCGACUCGACGAGCAGGCCGCAUCCCCAGCAGAGGUCAAACCCACCAGCACCAUCAACAGCAGCAGCACCACCGUGGCCAAGGCCAUCAAUGUCAAGUCGUACGAAAAGAAGCUGUUGCUGGCUCUCAAGAAGAUUGUGCAAUAAUAAACGAAUGCGGGGUAAACAGCACUCUAUUUGACAAACUGUAGACAUUUCCCCUAAUCGAGCUGACUAAGAUCAAUAAAAAGCAAACAGAGAAGCACAACAAACAGCGGCAAAAAACAAAAACCAAGAAUUCUAGUUUUUGUGCUUUCAGUGUGUGUUCGUGUGUGUGGGCAAGUUGUUACAUAAAACAAAAACAAUAACAAAAUAAAAAAAAAAUAAUAAAAAAACACCCCAGCCGAGACGCAUUUUUCCGCAGUGGAAUACUACUAUCUAAGCUUCUUUUUGUUUUGGUGUGUGCGAGAAAACGAGUGUGAAGAAAAUGCUGUUCAACAAAUGUCUGGAAAAGUUGUCCAGCUCGCUGGGCAAUGUGGUCAAUCACAAGCUGCAAGAGAAACAAGUCUACAACAACAACAAUAUCAACAAUAACAAUAACAAUACGCUAAACAACAACAAUGCCUACAACAAUCAGCGAAACUUUGAGUACGAAAGAGCCAUACAGGCGCACUACGGAAGCAAGGGAAGACGCUCGGAGGAGCGCGAAAGGAGCGGCAAGUUCAAGGCCAGCAAGGGUCGGAAAGCAAAGGUCACCCCACCAACGGAGACACCCGAGGCCCAGGAGCCGGCCUGCAAGAACUGUAUGACCCACGACGAGCUGGCCCAGAUCAUAAAGGGCGUGGCCAAGGGCGCUGACGCGCAACGUAAUCGAGACAACCGACUGCAGCGCAGACGUCGUCCUCUCUCCGCCCAACCCUCCGCCGCUGCCUCCGCCUCCACAUCGACGGAAUCUCUGCACCGUCUUACACCCAGCCCGCAGGCUUCCUACCCGGCCACGCCCACCUCCUGGACAGCCACACCGCCCCAGUUCCCAGCCGCCUUCGGCGGCGCCAGCUGCUCCAACAGCACACUGUCCCUCUUGGCCACCAUGCGCGUCCAGCUCCAUGGUUACACAUGGUUUCAUGGCAAUCUUUCCGGAAAGGAAGCGGAAAAAUUGAUCCUGGAGCGGGGCAAGAAUGGUUCGUUUCUCGUCCGUGAAUCUCAGAGCAAGCCUGGCGACUUCGUCCUUUCCGUGCGCACGGACGACAAAGUAACGCAUGUCAUGAUUCGAUGGCAGGACAAGAAGUACGACGUCGGCGGCGGGGAAUCCUUUGGCACCUUGUCGGAACUGAUCGAUCACUACAAGCGUAAUCCCAUGGUGGAGACGUGCGGAACCGUGGUGCAUCUGCGACAGCCAUUCAACGCCACACGAAUCACGGCGGCCGGCAUCAAUGCCCGGGUGGAACAGCUGGUCAAGGGAGGUUUCUGGGAGGAAUUCGAAUCGCUGCAACAGGACAGUCGGGACACAUUCUCGCGCAACGAGGGCUACAAACAGGAGAACCGCCUCAAGAAUCGCUACCGCAACAUAUUGCCAUACGACCACACGCGCGUCAAGCUGCUGGACGUGGAGCAUAGCGUGGCCGGAGCCGAGUACAUCAAUGCCAACUACAUACGGCUGCCCACCGACGGCGACCUGUACAACAUGAGCAGCUCGUCGGAGAGCCUGAACAGCUCGGUGCCCUCGUGCCCCGCCUGCACGGCUGCCCAGACACAGCGGAACUGCUCCAACUGCCAGCUGCAAAACAAGACGUGCGUGCAGUGCGCCGUGAAGAGCGCCAUUCUGCCGUAUAGCAACUGUGCCACCUGCAGCCGCAAGUCAGACUCCCUGAGCAAGCACAAGCGGAGCGAAUCCUCGGCCUCUUCAUCGCCCUCCUCCGGCUCUGGGUCCGGACCAGGAUCGUCGGGCACCAGCGGAGUGAGCAGCGUCAAUGGACCCGGCACACCCACCAAUCUCACGAGCGGCACAGCCGGAUGUCUGGUCGGCCUGCUGAAGAGACACUCGAACGACUCGUCCGGAGCUGUUUCUAUAUCGAUGGCCGAACGGGAACGCGAGAGGGAGCGCGAGAUGUUUAAGACCUACAUCGCCACCCAGGGCUGUCUGCUCACCCAGCAAGUGAACACGGUGACGGACUUCUGGAACAUGGUCUGGCAGGAGAACACGCGGGUGAUCGUCAUGACCACCAAGGAGUACGAGCGCGGCAAAGAAAAGUGCGCCCGCUACUGGCCGGACGAGGGUAGAUCGGAGCAGUUCGGCCACGCGCGGAUACAGUGCGUCUCGGAGAACUCGACCAGUGACUAUACGCUGCGCGAGUUCCUCGUCUCGUGGCGGGAUCAGCCGGCGCGCCGGAUCUUUCACUACCAUUUCCAGGUGUGGCCGGAUCACGGAGUGCCCGCCGAUCCGGGCUGUGUGCUCAACUUCCUGCAAGAUGUCAACACGCGUCAGAGUCACCUGGCUCAAGCGGGCGAGAAGCCGGGUCCGAUCUGCGUGCACUGCUCUGCGGGCAUCGGUCGCACUGGCACCUUUAUUGUGAUCGAUAUGAUUCUCGAUCAGAUUGUGCGCAAUGGAUUGGAUACUGAAAUCGACAUCCAGCGCACCAUUCAGAUGGUCCGAUCGCAGCGUUCCGGUCUUGUGCAAACCGAGGCGCAAUACAAGUUCGUCUACUAUGCGGUGCAGCACUAUAUACAGACCCUGAUCGCCCGGAAACGAGCUGAGGAGCAGAGCCUGCAGGUUGGCCGCGAGUACACCAAUAUAAAGUACACGGGCGAAAUUGGAAACGAUUCACAAAGAUCUCCAUUACCACCAGCAAUUUCUAGCAUAAGUUUAGUUCCGAGUAAGACGCCACUGACGCCGACAUCGGCGGAUUUGGGCACUGGGAUGGGCCUAAGCAUGGGCGUGGGCAUGGGCGUCGGCAACAAGCACGCAUCGAAGCAGCAGCCGCCGUUGCCGGUGGUCAACUGCAACAAUAAUAACAACGGCAUUGGCAAUAGCGGCUGCAGCAACGGCGGCGGGAGCAGCACCACCAGCAGCAGCAACGGCAGCAGCAACGGUAACAUCAACGCCCUACUGGGCGGCAUCGGCUUGGGGCUGGGCGGCAAUAUGCGCAAGUCGAACUUUUACAGCGACUCGCUGAAGCAGCAACAGCAGCGCGAGGAGCAGGCUCCGGCGGGAGCAGGUAAGAUGCAGCAGCCGGCGCCGCCGCUGCGACCGCGUCCUGGAAUACUCAAGUUGCUCACCAGUCCCGUCAUCUUUCAGCAAAAUUCAAAAACAUUCCCAAAGACAUGAUCGGCUUGCGACCGCCAAGCCAUGCGCCUGCGUUGCCGCCGCCACCGACACCGCCGCGCAAAACAUGACAAAUGAAUUUCUAAGUCGCGACGCCCCCUUGACACGCCCCCUUGACACGCCCCCCUGACACCCACCUCCCUCCACACGCACACAGACCACAUAUGGUUUUCAUUUUAAAUGUCACCCAGCCGCCGCCCCAAACCCAAAACCCAAUCCCUCGACUAUGUUUUACUGUUGUACCACGUUCUACGUUUUUUUUUUUUUUUUAUAAUUGUAAUCUAUAUACUUUUUUGUAAUUGUGUGUAAUGUAAUGUUUAGUUUUAUGUUAUUGUCUCGCUUUAUGUUGUAAGUGUUCCCUGCACACGAAAAGCAGUAACCCCACCACCACCCCAAAACCCAAAACCCAGCAUAUUUAUGUAGUAGUAUUGUAAGAAUCCCCGAACCGGUAGUUGAGGAUACAAUCUGGGCGGAACUGCAGCAGAUCCGCCAAAAAACAAAAACACAUUUUUAAGCAGAAUCGCAGCAACAAAAUAUAACACCCGUUCCCUGUUCCAAACCGCUUGAAUUUGGUGGAAUCGGCCUUGAUAGUAUUUCACUUUCUUGAAAAUAUUCGCUUUAGAUAAGAAAAUUGACUUGUGACAAAUAUUUACAUGUAUUGCGCUGGUUACAAACCACAAAAGUUGCUUAACUUUAAAUUUUACGAAUCGACAUUUAUGAUAUUUCGCAUGCUUGAAAAUAGUUGUAGUUUCCUAUUUGGGAAUCAUUGAAAAAUCCAUUUAUAAAGCGAAAUCCAGUUCUGGCACGUUCAAUUUGAAUCGGUUAAUUUCUAAUCUAGUUGGCGAAAAAGUGAAGAAAAGUGAAGUCCACCUCCUCCAAAUUCAACUUGAAACGGAAACGGGUUACCGGUUGGAGUGCAAAUAAAGUUUUUAGUGUAGUAAGUGUUGACAAAAUCGAUAGAGAAGAAAUUAGAGGAGUAACUGAGGCAGUAAGCACGUAACGAUAAUGAUACAAAAAGCGUUGAUUGUGAUUCGAGUGACAGCGAGAACAGAAACUGAAACAGUAACAGUAACAGUAACAGAUGAGAACAGAUGCGAAUGGGAUCAGUACAGAACAGAACAGAACAGCGGAGACGCCAACCGAACAGAACAGAAAUGAACAGAAGAGAAGAGAACAGAUUAGAGGUAAAAGAAAAAGCUAAGAAGCGCUUAAGCGUGUCGUCCCUAGAAUAAGAAAACUAAUAUUACAGCUCCACAGAUCCAGAUUCAGAUCCAGAUCUAUAUCUCUAGCAGCCAAUUUCUGAUUUCCCCUUCCCUCUUAGUUUUCCCAUUAAUUUAGUGAUUGUGUGUAUAUUUUUAAUUGUAUAUUGAAGAUUAUUUAUAGCGAUUGUCCAUUGUGUUACAUUUCAAAUGUUCGAAAGAAUUGUAUUUAGAAAGUUUGUACUUUAGAAAUUAUGCAUUAAUUGUGUGUCUGUGUCUCUCUACCCAGUCUCCCUAUCUCUGUCUCUCUCUCUCUCUCUCCCUCACUGUCUAUGCACGAGUGUUUUCUUAACUAAGUUUAUUAUUUCAACGCUGAAGCGUAAUCAAACUAUAUAUGCAAUAUUUAAGCACAGUACCUUGGGCGCUGCAAAGAAAUUAAAAAAUUUUAAAAUAAAAACAAACUGCUAAAUCAUAAAUACAAAAUAUAUACAGGAAGGAAUAAUAGCAGCGAAAUGUAAAUCAAUUAGAUUAUUGUGCAAAUUUGAGUAAUAUAUUUAAAACAUACCCUUAUUUUAUCUUAUUUAACUUUAUGCUUUUGUAAGUGCUUUAAAUUGUUAUUCAUCUUGAUCUUGCAAAAAAAUGAAAAAACCACAAAACUGAAAAACGAAUACAAAACUAAAAAACAACACAAAUUAUAUUUGUAUUUAUACAGAAAAAUAAAACAUUUUAUAUGCGAUACACGAUAGCACAUUAUUUUUUAUUUUCCCUGCAUGUUUGUUGAACGCUUUUCCCUUUUUGGUUCUCAACUUCAGUUAUGUUACCACACAUCACCAACGAACUGAAAGAAACCCGAACACUUUGGAACAUAGCCUUAUAUAAAACGCCUCGACGACCAAGACGGAAAGUUGAAUCACACCACGGAGAAGAGGGAGACAUCUCCCCUCUCCCAGUUAGAACAAUAAGUAAUCAUGUGUUCACCCCCACCACCCACACGAAUCUAAACUGACCCCUGACCUUCCACCAAAGACACUAGAAUAAUAUUAUUCUAAUGUCUUUGCUUCCACCCACCAUCUGAGCACUAGCGGGUGAUCCCGAUCGGACGACAAACGUGUGUGUAAGUGCGUGAUCUAGUACUUUAUAUAGUUAGCCUAUAAUACGAUUAUUCAAACGGAAUAUGUCGAAGCCUGGCUUCGACUGGGCGGCGACCUAGUGGCCCCCAAAAAACGAAGGUGAAUCCGAAUAUGAAUCCCACUGGGGAUACGAUAUGUUUUGAUCUUGGAGCGCGGGGCGAACAAAGUCGCGCGCUUCUUGUGUUGAAUUUUUAUAGCAUAUAGAAAGAGGUGGAUAUCGGAUAUGGAUAUUGAAGAACGCAGUCCAAUGGAGCAGCCGGCGGAGGGAGAGAUGAAUGCCAAAGCACAAAAGCCAACAGCAACAAAACACCAAUAGGCCUCAUCGCAGUCAUUUGACCACAAAUCUGACAAACAACGAUGUUAUAAUCAAUAAGAGCGAACCAAAAUCAAAAUAACGACGUGAAUAUUGAGGGAGGGAUCGAUGGAGACCCAAACACCAAAACAAAAAAAAAAAAAAACAAAAAAAACAAGAGCAAGGAAACGCUUUAAACUUAAAUAAUUCUAAAAUUGUAUCUAGGCAAUAUCGAAAUGUAAACCACACACCAACUAUCCAUAGUAGACAAACAAACAAACACCAAGAAAAAAUUGCUUGAGUGACUUACUUUAGAUAACGAUAUUCUCGGGUAGGACCUCGAAACCCCAGCAACCUCGGACCUCAACCGAUUUCCUCGUGCCCUCGACCCGAAUCCAACCCAACGUCCCCUCCUCCAGUACGUCUAUAAGCUAACCACGCGAUCCAACCUCAACCCGUGUUCAUAAUCCGAUGAGAAGUUGUGCGAUUUUUAGUGAAACCUCGGUGCGGUUUCGAUGUUGCAAGAAUUAAAACCAAAUAGAGACGACGUUUUCUUUGUUCAAAUGUUGCCAAUUUGCAAAAUACAAGUGUUAAACUACCAUAUAGUAUAUGGAGUAUGAAUAAUAUAUAUUUAGAUGCGAAAUACAGCUCAGUACUCAGCUCAGAAGCAUUUUCAUUGAGCCCAAAACGAGACGGCGAGGCAAACGUUUAUGUAUCGGUAUACAAGAAGCAGCUGAGAGGUAGUUCUCCUGCCAUAUAAAAUAUUAAUCGACCCAAAAACAUUAGAAAUCCGUGUAGAAUACUGCGAUUUGAUUGAAACUAUAGAUAACAAUCGAGAACAAAAUGGUAAACGAGCCCACGACGAAACGCGAUUGACGCAAUAAACAAAGUUUUCGUAGCUCUAGAUCGUAAGAUAAACAAAUUAAUGAAACGCAACAAAACGAUCGCGAAAUCGAGACAAAAGGCAACACCAAAUAAAUUGUAAACAAAACCAAAGUCGUUGUAAUGUUGAAGCAAAUCUAUAUGUAAAUCAAUCUGCAAGCGCUAACUAAACGUAACAAACAUAAAAAUUAAACACAGCCACAAAAUAUUAUUAUGAAAUUAAAUUGAAACCUUAAGAUGCAUAGCUGUUCGAAACAUUAUACCGAUAACAAUAUUGAAGAUAUAUUCUACAUUUUUAUGUGUCUGCAUAUUUGAAAGAAAAAUAUAUAUAAUUGAAUAAACCAUAUUUCAAAUAACCUUUCGGAAAAUUACCAUGUGUUUUUAGAAUGAGUGACUACUACCCACAUAUUUGUUUCAAUAUCCACAUAUUUGGCAAGAAGGUACGAAAUGAACAAUUCCAAUAAAACU